GCAGGUAAAUAGUGACGCACCUGAGAAUCACCCUUCCGGUCGUGUUUGUAUUAUGAAGUGAGCAGAGAAAACUGUAAAAAUGAGGUGGAACAUCGUCCUGUUGUUGUUAUCAGCUGUUUUAGUCUACAAUGGAGCGGAUGCCAUCAUGUGUCACCGCUGUUACAGUGCUAUGGGAGGCUGUGGAGAACAUCUCAAUUGGUGGAUGUUUCCCAUGGAAAGAUUGUGGAGACUCAAGAUUCUGUGUCAAAGUAGUUGAGAAAGUCGGAUCUGACUACACCAUUAUUCGAGAAUGUGAAAAAAAUCUUUUGAAGACAACAAAGCACAGACUUCAGAUGCCAGGUCUGAGACGUCAUGGCUACUGCCUUCCGGCCAGGAAAAAUUCCGGUAGUAGCCCACUGACUGUAGAGAAUAAAAAAAUAAAGUACUGUUUCUGUAACGACUGGAAUGGCUGUAACUCUGCGCGUGGGCUCUCUGUCAGAUUUCCUGCCUGUAUCCACCUUGGCUGUACUUGUGACAAUAUUCAUUUCAAAAUUCUUGUAAAUUUAAAAUUUGUCAAUUUGGCAAGGCAUAAUCACAAAGCCAGGUUUAUUUACCAGAGAAAUUUUUAGAGAUAAAUAUCUUUCAAUUUUAUGUACAAUUUGUAUUUUGGAAACUUAGAAAAGAAAUUUGAAAUCAAUUGCCAUAUUUACAUAUAUGAUGUGUAUAUUCAAAUUCAAAGAGAAAAAAACUCAAAAUUGUAUGAAUGUGUAUUGUGUCUUCCAUGGAAGAAGAAUAUUGUGUGGAGAUCUAUAUUUGCCAUAUGUUUAGGAAGCUACAAUUACAAAUAGAAGAAACUAUCCAGACAUCGUUGAUAUGUAAAUUAACUCGUCCUAUGCAAAUACAUUUGCACUUUUAAUAUGCAAAUAAGUUUAUUUCCAAAAUAAUAUACAAAAUGAAUUCUAUAUCAUCGUGGUUGGCUUCAGGAGAUUUGGUGGCAGUGAGGAAGCUAAAAUAAAUGUUUAAAAAGCUAAACAAAAGCUGUUUGAUUAGCAGUUAUAGCAAUAUGUUUGGUCUUUCUCUUCACACAUUUAAGGGGAUUGGUUAAUACAAGUUCAAUUUCUACCUGUAAUUCUGUGAGUUUGAAUUAUCUACCUUAAGUUCGAAUUCCUCCAUGAAAUCUUCAGAUGUAUUCCAUUAGAACCUGUUAGUGGUUGUGUAUAUAGUUUACCCUUCAUCUGUAUAUACCAGUUUUUGUACAGUUUUGUAAGUUUUAUACAUGUAAAUAGUUGUAAUUAUAUUUAAUCAAUAUUAGCAGCUUCUAGAACAAUUAAAACAUUUUUAGUAAUUUUGAUGAAAAACUUCAUCCUUGCCCAGGGAAUUAAGUAAAAAUCCUAUUAAUUUGGAUUGAUAUGUUUUGGCAUGUAAAGAUCUUUCAGUGACAAGAGAGAGAGCUGUCUAAACCAUUCAUGAUUGACAGAUUUUAACCUUCUAGAACAUGCAAUGCCAGUGAUGGAGCUCAUGGUCAUCCAUCAGCAGAACUAGCCUCUUUUUAGAGGAUCAGUAUAUUUUAACAGUUAUUUUUUUUAUUUGCAUUUGAAGGAUGUAACUGAUGAAAUUAGGCAGUAUAACUGUAGUACCACUUCAGGUCGUUCAAGGGAGGUAAUAAUAUACGAAACUGUUUGUACAUAUAUGUAAAUGUUUUGAUGAAUAUAUAUUUUUAUACAAAAGGAUAUGAUAAAUUUUGAAAUGACAACUUUGAUUUAAACAGCAUAUUUGUAUUCUAAUCAUUACACAUUCAUAUCAAUGUCAUUUUCAUCUAGAAACAUCAAUUGUUCAUUUAAAAUUUAGUCUUAUUUCUUUUCUCUCAAUUUAUAAUUUGUCAUUUUUAGUUUAUAAAUUGUCUUACUUUCAAAACUAAUCAAUUUAUUUAUACUUGUGUAGAGCAAAAAGUAAAUACUUAAGAAAAACACUUUUGUAUUGAAUGAGACAAAAAUUAGUAUUUAAAUAUUAUUGAUAUAAAAGACACAUAUGGAAAACAAGCUUACUGAUAUGACUGACUUCAUACUUGAACAUUCAAUGAGAAAUUAGUUGAUUAUACAAGAAAUUAUUAAUUGGAUUGAAGAAUAAUACCAUUGUGUAAUCUUCAUUACAUACCUGUAAACAGUGAUUUAAUGUAUGAACACCAGUAAUUUUUAAUGAUUUUACAUUUGAAAAUUAUGUAAAUUUUAACAAUAUGGCCUCUAUACAUGUAUAUGGUAUCAUGAUAUGGCCUUCUGUAUAUAUAUAUUGUAUCAGGAUUAUCAUAUCAUGUGACAUUUGGCAUAUUAAAUCAAUCAUUUCAUCACAGAGACCAAUAGUUUAUAUCCGUAUGUGGAAAUAAAACAUUUCUCUUAAA